GAGUGCUCCAUUGUGACUGCUCUGGACAGCACUCUCAACUCAGAUGCACUGGCCAGGUAGAUAGGAAAAGGCCUGCAAACUUUUGAAUCUCAUUUCCUGUUUGGCCAGAGAGGCAAGCUGCAGGUGACCGUGCAGAGCUCAUCAGCAGAGGUGACCAUGAUGGAGUCCCAGAAUUGCAAAAGAGCUCCAGCAUGGACUGAACGGGAGGUACAGGAUCAGUUCCCAUAUGGGGAGAGGAAUCUGUGCUAUCAGAACUCCAUUCCAGUUUUCGAAAUGCCAAAACAUUUGUCAAAAUCUCCCAGGGCAUGACAGGGGCCAUAAGAGGGACCCAAAGCAGUGCUGCAUGAAACUUAAGGAGCUGAGGCAAGUCUACCAGAAAACCAGAGAGGCAAACAGCCGCUCUGGGUCAGAGCCCCAAACAUGCCACUUCUAUGAUGAGUUGCAUGCCAUUUUAGGGGGUUCAGCCACCACUACCCCAACCGUGUGCUUUGACUCUGUCAAUGGAGAGGGAGGCAACACAGAAGCAGGUUUAGGGGAUGAGGAAGAUGAGGAGGAGGAGGAGGUUGUAGAUGGCUCACAGCAAGCAAGCAGAGAAACCGGUUUUCCCAACAGCCAGGAACUGUUUCUCACCCUGGACCUGGAGCCAGGACCCACCCAAGGCUGCCUCCCGGACCUGCCAGGCAGAGAAGGGACCUCUGCUGCAUGUGUUUCAAUGAUCACAGGAUCUUCUCCUUCCCAGAGGCUAGCAAGGAUUACAAGGCGAAAAAAACGCACUCGUGAUGAAAUGUUCUCUGACCGCAUGCUGUCCUCCCACACUGACAGAGCACAGACGAAUGCGUGGAGGCAGACAAUGUCACAGUGCAGGAAAGCACAAAAUGACCAGGAGGAGAGGUGGCGGCAGCGUGAUGAGAGGAGACAGGAUUCAGUGCUGAGGCUGCUGGAGGAUCAAACUAAUAUACUCCAGCAUAUGAUUGAGCUGCAGGAAAGGCAGCUGGAGCACAGACCACCACUACAGCCCCUGUGUAACCAACCACCCUCCUCCCCAUGUUCCAUAGCCUCCUCUCCCAGGUGCCCAAGAACACAGAGGGGCCUCCGGCCACCCAGCCACUCCACCCCAGAGGAUUGCCCAAGCAACAGAAGGCUGGCAUUCAAUAAGUUUUAAAGUGCUGUGUGGCCU